AUGUCUGUCGUAGGGUCGUUAAUUUUCUGCUUGGACUGUGGUGAUCUUUUGGAAAAUCCUAACGCUGUUUUGGGCUCCAAUGUCGAGUGCAGCCAAUGCAAAGCCAUAUAUCCAAAGUCACAGUUCUCCAAUUUGAAAGUCAUCACUACAACGGCAGAAGACGCGUUCCCAUCUGCAUUAAGAGCUAAGAAAUCUGUGGUCAAGACAUCUUUGAAAAAGAAUGAAUUGAAGGACGGUGCUACCAUCAAGGAAAAAUGUCCUCAAUGUGGCAAUGAAGAGAUGAACUACCACACUCUGCAACUAAGAUCUGCAGAUGAAGGUGCCACUGUUUUCUAUACAUGCACCUCCUGUGGCUACAAGUUCCGUACCAACAACUGA